AUGUAUUUCUAACAUACAAAUUCUGCUUAAAGAAAUGUUCCAAUGAUUUAAUUACAAAUCCCAUUCAAUAACUAGCAAUAUGUAUUCUGAAUUAUUAUGAUUGUUAGCGCUCUCCAUCAAAUUAAUAUUAUACAAUAUCAACAGAAACAAGACCAUUCUAAGAAAGUUCAAAAUCAAAUAAUACAAAAGAGCAAUUAGAUUCAUUGUACAUAAAUCUAAGAAAAGAAAAUCAAACUCUUAAAGAUAAAUUAUAACAUAUUAGCUCUUAAGUUGAAGAAGCUUUGUAAAAGUUGGAAUAUUAUAAAAAAUCAUGA